AUGGCUUCCAACGAGAUUCCCAGCGAUGUAGAGAAGAAUGAUAGCUCCGUUGCAGAGGAAGCUGAAGGGAAACGCGUAAACGAUGUCCCGAUCAACACCGUACUCGCAUCUGCUGGGUCAGAACGACAGUUGGUACGGAGACAAGACAAACGCAUCCUGCCCUUAUCCGCGGCCAUUUACUUCCUCUGCUACUUGGACCGAUCGAACAUCGGCAAUGCCAGGGUGCUGAACUCUUCGACUAGAAACGACAUGCAGACCGAGACAGGCGCUUCCGAGUGGCAGUUCAACAUCGCUUUGAUGAUAUUCCUGAUGGGAUACUUCUUGUUCGAGGUCCCGUCCAAUAUCAUGUUGAAGAAAUUUCGUCCGUCGAGAUGGCUGGCACUACUCAUGCUCUGCUGGGGUAGCGUUACUAUUGGUCUCGGGGGAACCAAGAGCCCCUCCCAGUUAAUCGGCGUCCGCUUCUUAUUAGGAGCCUGUGAAGCUGGACUUUUUCCUGGGUUGGUGUACUAUCUGACAUUCUGGUAUAAAACCGACGAACGGAGUACACGAGUAGCGAUUAUACUAGCAUCUGCCACUCUGGCGGGCGCAUUCGGCGGUGCGAUCGCUUACGGGGUCGGCCAUAUGAACCAAAUCCGCGGCCUUUCUGGUUGGAGAUGGUUAUUCAUUUUAGAGGGUACACCAUCAUGCGUAUCUGCCUUGCUCGCUUGGUUCUUUCUACCCGACUAUCCUGAGAGGGCCUCAUGGCUUACAGGGCCUGAGAAAGAGCUGGCCGCGCAGCGGCUUUAUGUUGAGGGGUCCAAAGGCUCGGCAUCUAAUCUGACUUGGGAAGAUGUCAAGACUACACUUACUGACUGGAGGCUCUACUUUCAUUAUUUGAUAUACUUCGUCGUGUCUUUUCCAGUCGGUUCACUUUCUCUCUUCUCGCCUACAAUCGUCUCGGGCCUAGGCUAUCACGAUCUAGAUGCUCAGCUGAUGACCAUCCCACCUUGGGCCGUCGCCUAUGUCUGCAUGAUUCUUGUAUCGUGGUCAGCCGAUCACUUCAACGCCCGGGGCUACCACGCCGCAGGCUCCGCGAUAGUUGGCGGUAUAAGUUUCUUAGUAGCCGCCGUGCUACCCCCGGAAUCCUACCGUGGACGAUAUGGCUGCCUUAUCGUUGGAACAGCGUGCACUUUCGCCGGCGUACCUGCUAUGCUAGGUUGGCUCACCUCAAACCUAUGGAGCACAGCAUCCAUCGGCUUGGCCGUGGGUAUCAACGUGAGCUGCGGUGGUGCAGGGUCAAUGCCGAGUGUCUGGAUUUACAAGGCCGACGAGGCGCUUCUCGGCUACCCAACAGGCCACGCUGUGAACUGUGCUAUGCUUUUUCUCGUAGCUAUCUCCGCUCUCGGAUUAAGAUACUAUUACGGUAGACAGAACAGGGUCUUGCUCAGUUCUGCCGCGGAAGGAAUUGUGCCUCGGCUGUACAAACUGUGA